GUGUGUGUGUUCUGGGCUCGCAACGCAAACGACAUCACUACUAAUUAGUUUGUUUGUUUGUUUUCACAAACUUUACCAAUUUCUCUUCUUUUAGAUCUUUCUUCUUCUUCCUCUUUUAAACUCUGUUGUCUCCUUAGUUCUAUCGAUAAUGGCGGACCAAUCCUCCGAUUCAACAUCUCCACCGGCUCCUCUCUCAGUAUCUUCUCCUACUGCUCCUAAGAAAGACAAUACCAGUCCUGUUGAUUCGAAGCUCACGGAAUUGAACGAAUCAAGGGCUGAGUUGCUUAACAGGAUCCAGAAUCUGAAACAGGACUUACAGAGUUGGAGAGGUAAGUUGGAUACUCAAGUUAAAGUCUACCGUGAGGAGCUCUCUGGGCUAAAGCAGACUCUGAAUCUUGAAGUUGAGCAGCUCCGUGAGGAAUUCAAAGAUUUGAAAACCACCUUGAAUCUGCAACAAGAUGAUGUUACUGCCAGCCUGAAAAGCUUAGGCCUACAAGAUAACUCCAAAGAUUCAAAAGAGCAAAUGGAUAAGAGAAGUGAGGUGACAGAAGAGAAAGUGGAAGCUCUAUCAACUGACGACAACACGAAAGAAUCAGAGCAUUAGAUGAUGAUCCAGUGAAAAUGUUGCUCUUGUGAUCUUGUCAUUACUACUACUACUACUACUCUUACCACUACUUUGAGAUUGUACUAGUACGCUUUAAAUAUGUAGUUCUGUGGUUUAUUUGAUUCUAAUGAAUGAUGCACCAUCACACAA